AUGUAUUUCACCGCUCAAGCUGUGGCGAAGCACAUGAUUGAGAAGGGCAUCAGGGGCCGCAUCAUCAAUACGGCCUCGAUUGCUGCGACCGUGAGCCCCCCCGGCACCGCGAUCUACUCGUCGUCCAAGGCGGCGGUGGUUUCGCUGACCAAGGCCUUGGCGGUCGAGUUGGCUCCGAAGGGCAUCAACGUGAAUGCGAUCUCGCCCGGCGUCUUCCCCAGCGAGAUGUCCGAUGGAAUCGUGGAGAGCCCCGGCAGCAAGAAGGCGCUCAAGGCUAUUCCCAACCGCAGGUGGGGCGACACCGAGCACGACAUGAUGGGCGUGCUGCUCCUGCUGGCGUCGGAAAAAGCGUCCGCCCAUCUAGUUGGUGUCAACAUCACCGUGGACGGAGGGCACUCCCUCUACGCGUUCAACCCGAUGGACCCGACCUCCGUCUUUGAGGAUCCAAGCUGA